AUGAUUCUUAUCAUGACACGAAAAGCAGCAGGAUUUCCCGCACCAUCGCUGGCGGCGUCGCCUGCAGUGUCGCCCGCAGUGUCGUCCGCAGUGCCGUCCGCAGUGUCGCCCGCAGUGCCGUCCGCAGUGUCGUCCGCAGUGCCGUCCGCAGUGUCGCCCGCAGUGCCGUCCGCAGUGUCGUCCGCAGAGUCGCGCGCAGUGGGUCUCGCAGUGUCGCCUAAAACCACCCAUGUGAGCCACAGCUGGGCGUUCUCGGUGCCCCAUCAACAGCAGCGCCAACAGCGGCGCCAACUGCGGCGCCAUCUGCUGCGUUUCCUUACAUACCCUUUUCCAGUCCCCUCUCCCCUCUACCUAAUCCCCUCUCACCCCUACCCAAUCCCCUCCUCUCCCACCCAAACCCCCCUCCCAUCAACCCAGUCCCCUCCCCUCCUACCCUAUCCCUUCCCCUCCUACCCAGUCCCCUCUCUCCUACCCAGUGCCCUCUCCCCCCUACCCAAUCCCUCACCCCCACUUUUCCCCCUACCCAAUAAUCCCCUCACCCCCCCUCUUCCCCACUACCCAAUCCCCUAUCCACCCUACCCAAUACCCUCUCCCCUUCUGUAA